AUGAAGCUCUCCUUGCCUCAGUUCGGAGCUCUCGCUCUAUCCCUCCAGGCCGUCCAAAGCUACUCUUUCAGCGAUGAGGCAUUUGACAUCCGCGAGGCUACUAUUGAUGGGGUUCACGAUGCCCUACAUUCAAGGAUUGCUUCAUGUAGGGACAUCGUGUCCUCAUUCAUCGCUCGGAUUGAAGCUUUUAACCCCACUGUUAACGCCCUUAUUUCCCUCAAUCCCAAUGCUUUGACGAUUGCAGAUGAGAUGGAUGGGAAGAUCGCAUCUGGAAACUUUACGGGCGCUAUUUUCUGUAUCCCGGUAUUACUAAAGGAUAGUUACGAUACUGCUGAGAUGAAUACCACGGGAGGUUGUCUGGCCUUGGCUGGCAAUCAGCCUUCUGUUGAUGCACCCUCGGUCGCCGCAUUGAAAAAUGCUGGGGCAAUUAUACUGGGAAAGGCAAAUUUGCAUGAAUUGGCACUUGAAGGCCUCUCAGUUUCAUCCUUAGGUGGUCAAACGAUCAACCCAUAUGACCAUACUAGGUCACCCGGAGGAAGCUCUGGGGGUACAGGAGCAGCAAUUGCUACAAACUUUGCGGUGUUUGGAACAGGGACUGAUACAGUAAACUCAUUGCGCAGUCCCGCUUCAGCAAAUAGCCUCUUCAGCGUAAGACCAACACGAGGUCUAAUAUCUCGAGCUGGGGUUAUUCCGGUAUCCUACACUCAGGAUGCCCUCGGUCCAAUUGCUAGAAAUGUGAGAGACCUAGCAAAGGCACUGACCAUCAUGGCGAGUGUGGGGUAUGACCCUAAUGACAACACCACUGCACUAAUUCCGCCUUCCUCUAUUGGCGUUGACUACUCGGCGAGUCUCUAUGGAGGGAGCUUGAAUGGAUUGCGGUUUGGUUUGCUUCAGGGAUUUUUCAACUAUACAUCCAGUGACGAAACAACACCAGUCAACACCGUCAUGGAUGGUAUGGUAUCCACGUUAAAGGCCGCUGGAGCCGCCGUGAUUUCAAUCAACGAGACGGUAUACAACGCCACGGCUAUUGCUGCUUUGGACGUACAGUCCUCAGAGUUCCGCCAACAAAUGGACAUCUACCUCAGCCAGUCCUCCGGAACCAUUCCGUCGAGCUUGAAUCAACUGUAUAGCAGUGGCAAGUCCCUGGUAAUCCCCAGCCAGUAUAACCACGUGGACACAGCUCUCCGAUCAUCAACUAGCAACUCCAGCUACGCACCCACCAAAUUAGCAAUCGAGGAGCUAUCCAAAGUUCUCAGGGCCACCUUCACCACCAACAACCUAGACGCUAUAAUCUACCCCGAGCAAAAGAACCUUGUCGUUAAAAUAGGCUCGCCCUCGCAAUCUGGACGCAAUGGCAUCCUGGCCGCUCUCACAGGCUCUCCUGUCGUUACUAUUCCGGCAGGAUUCUCUCCCCGGACUGCCAACGCACCUGUUGGAGUUCCUAUUGGAAUGGAGAUUCUGGGACUUCCUUGGACGGAAGGCAAACUACUCAAUAUCGCUUUACAUAUAUCAGAUCUCACAAAUGUGAGGCGCAUGCCUUCGUUUGCGAACCGGUCCGUUGAGGCUACCUCAUAUAGCGCCGUUCCGACAAUCACUCCCCUGGCUAAUAUACCGAGUGUAUAUCCCAUUGGUAUCUAUUGA